UCCAAUCGCAACAAAAAGAGUUUAUGAAAAACAAAUGCUAUUUGUAUUGCAAUGGACUGAUGGAACACCUCUGCUAUUGUCCCGCCAAUGGUGUCAACACUAACAUCACUUCCAACACAUCCAACGCUUUCUCCACAGCCUCUCAAUCGGCGCCUGUAUUCCAGACUCAGGUGUUUGAGAGGAGCCGACACUUCAACGGAACUGUGGACGCGUUCGUGAAAAUCACGCGAAACGAAGGCCUGUCAGCCCUUUGGAGUGGACUUCCGCCCACUUUAGUUAUGGCAAUUCCGGCGACUGUUAUAUAUUUUACAGUUUAUGAUCAGUUAAGAGAACACAUAAACCAUAGGUUGAAAUUAGUAGAGCAGCCGCUUUGGGUGCCGGUAGUGUCCGGUGGUUUGGCCCGAGUUUUCGCCGCCACUACUAUUAGCCCUCUGGAGAUGAUUAGGACUAAAAUGCAGUCCAAACGACUUAGUUAUCUAGAGUUGGGUCGAGCCGUCAAAAGUCUAUUAGAAUCUCAAGGAUUCUUCUCGUUGUGGAGAGGAUUGAGUGCCACUAUUCUCAGAGACGUUCCCUUUUCCUGUAUAUAUUGGGCUAACUAUGAGUUCAUGAAAAAACAAUUUAAUCAAAAGGAGCCCUCAUUUGCGUUCAGUUUCGUGAGCGGCGCCACAGCGGGAACAGUGGCCGCUGUCUUGACGCUACCCUUCGAUGUCGUCAAAACUCAUCGACAGAUAGAAUUGGGAGAAAUGCAAAUCAUUGCUCAAAAUAACACAUCAAAUGCUAGCAAAACGAGAGAUAUUUUGCGAAGGAUUUACCGACAAAAUGGAUUUCGGGGUUUAUUUUCGGGAAUAGUUCCCCGUGUGAUCAAAGUGGCGCCGGCCUGUGCUAUAAUGAUCAGCUCUUAUGAAUUCGGCAAAUCAUUCUUUAAACAAUAUAAUGCGGCAAAACUUGAAAAAUAGACAUUUAAUUGUGUUUGUGAUUACGUCGUGAGUAAAUUGACAACACUUUUGGCUACAUUUCUAGUCAUUAAAACAUUUAACAAUUAAUGAUUUGUAUAAAAAAUUACAUUAUUUUGAGAAAACGAUAAAAUACUAAUUUUAGAUAAUUUUGUAUUUAAAAUAAAGAAAAUCAAUAUUUUACAUAAAA